AUGGCCUGGAGGAUUCCCAUUGCGGCAUGCAGCUGUGCCGUUUCAGUGCAGCUUGCCAGCUCACUCUCCCUGAGUAGGCCAACAGAUGGCAACACCAGGCGGGAAGCAUCGGAUGCCACACUCGACCUCGACGAUGCGAUGUGUCAGAACCGAACAGAGGACGUGAUGGAAAGGAUGUGCCUCGACGACGACUCAGAGCACAGCAGCAGUAGAGAGCGCCCUGUUUUCCUUCCGUGGAUGUAUACAGCAUGCGCAAUGAGCAAAAUGCCGCCUGACACCUACUCCAUAAGGCCCCCAGUCUGGAAAUACUGCCGGGUCCUCGACGGGGGUGAAAAUUGUGACGAUCCGACCAGCCUCGUGGUGCAUCCCAAUCGCGGCUAUCAUCGCGGUAGAGAGCCGACGUGCGGGGGCGCCACUCCAGCGCAGAAUAUGAGCUUGAAUGUUUUCUGGAGCGUCGGCGAAUCUGAUAGCACGAUGGAUCGCAAGAUCCGUGAUCAGCUGGCGAUGCUUGACUCGUCAGGUCUAGCCGUCGCGGCAGAGAGCGUCAAUAUGGGAGUGCACGAUUAUUACGGCACAUCAUGGCGCAACAGAUUCCGGAGCGACUUCAGCGGCACGUACUCAUGGGCCGACAAGGUCAAGGACAUCGAGCUCCCCGCCGAGAGCGAGCAGUGGUGGCAAGAGACGGGCGAGCGCUGCGAGAACGGCAUACAUCAUUGGACAACGCCGCGACCGCACCACGAAUUCUACGUGCUGGAGGGGCUCUGGGAGCAUUGCCAGCAGUCCCAGAAUCCCGACAGCGACGCCGUCCUAUACCUGCACACUGAGGGACGGGAAGGGGUCCCCGACGACUGGCCCGACAUGAGCGGCACCAACCGGGGGCACGUCGGCCGGAUCCAGCAGCACUUCCUGGUCAGCCACUACCAGGACUGCGUCGACCACCUCAAGUGCGGCUCGAGCACGUGCGGCCCCUUCUUGCUGGGCCCCGAUCGGUACAGGUUCAGAUGGCCGCACUACUCCGGCAACAUGUGGUGGGCGCGGUGCGACUACAUCAAGUCGCUUCCCAGGCCGCGUGCCAACGAGAACGAGGUCAGGGACUACGGCCACAGCCCGACCCUGAACCCGUACUUGUCCGACCCGCCGCGGGGCCGCAAGAAGGCCGAGUGGUGGCUCCUGGGAACAGACAGGCAGUAUUCGACGACCCGUCAUUUCAAGAAUUGCUUCGGAGGCAACAUCAGCCUGACGAGCAAGAAGGUCGGGGCCAAAGGGGUCUGGGAGUGCUUGAUCGCGUGGGACCAUGUCUCCUCAAAGGACCUGCGAUGUUAA